AUGAAGUUUCCCUUUAAGAAAGCCGUGCCAAUAUACAAAUCGUCGGACUUUCGUUGGUCAGCGGACGGGCUGACCUGGUACUAUCGCCGCGAUAGAUACCCGCGUUGUAGAGUUGUUGCCGUACUACUUGCUGAGUAUGCUUUACGAGAGCUUUUACAGCGAGAAGAAGGUGUUGAAAUUGAGCUGAAGGCAUUGCGGAAAGCAGCAGCUAGUGAAACCGAGAAUCCCAGGACUCAAGAACUGGUCGGCGAACUAGAAGAAAUUCAACGCAUUUUACCCCAGCAUGAAUAUACGCUCUACCGGGAGGAGUCUAUGCUUGGAUAUGAUCCGAGGCGUGCAUAUGAUGUCCUAGGGCAAGACGAUAUGUGGAUUGCUCUGAUCGAUUUGGAUGUUGUAGUCGGGGCUGUGGUUGUUGCAAACGAAGAUCCGCAUCGAAAAGGCCAAAUGGCAGGGGCCAUUGUACCUCAGAGUGUUGGUGCUGUGCAGAGCACCGGGGCUUCAAACUUUCAGACAACGACAAGAAAAAUAUCAGAGAUGAUUUGGCUACGCGGUUGUGCAUCACCAAUUUGUCAUUUACAGCAAUGA